GGAAGAGAAGCGCGUCUCCUCAGGGCCCGCCAUCUUGUGCGGCAGCGAGCAGGGCGCGGGGGGCCCGGUAGCAUCCGCGCAGGAUCCCACCGACGGGGGCCCAUCAUGCCCGGACACCUGCAGGAGGGCUUCGGGUGCGUCGUCACCAACCGCUUCGAUCAGCUCUUCGAUGACGAGUCCGACCCCUUCGAGGUGUUGCGCGCGGCGGAGAGCCGGAGGAAGGAGAGCGGCGGCGGCGGCGGCGGGAGCCAAGCGGGCGGCGGGGCCCGCGGCCCGGCGGGCGCCCAGAGCGGCUCCUCUGGCGGGGCUGGCGGAGCAGGCCAGGCGGGCGGCGGCGCGGGCAGCGCGGCCAAGCAGCUGCGCAGGGAGUCGCAGAAGGAGCGCAAGAACCCGCUGCCGCCCUUCGCCGGCGGGGACCGCCGGGAGGAUGGCGGGGGCCAGCCCGGAGCGCCGCUGCGGAAGGAGGGGAUAAGGAGGAUUGGCAGGAGGCCUGACCAGCAGCAGCAGCAGCAGCAGCAGGGCGAGGGCAAACCCAUCGACAGGAGACCCGAGCGACGGCCUCCCCGCGAGCGCCGCUUCGAGAAACCCGCCGAGGAGAAGGGCGACGGAGGAGAGUUCUCCGUGGAUAAACCCAUCCUGGACCGGCCCAUGCGUGGACGUGGCGGCCUGGGCCGGGGCCGUGGCCGCGGGCGCGGGAUGGGCCGAGGCGACGGCUUUGACUCUCGUGGCAAACGGGAAUUUGACAGACACAGUGGCAGCGAUAGAUCUUCUGUUUCACAUUCACAUUUCAGCGGCCUAAAGCACGAGGACAAGCGCGGUGGCAGCGGAUCGCACAACUGGGGAACCGUCAAAGACGAGCUAACUGAAUUGGAUCAGUCAGCUGUGACUGAGGAAACGCCGGAGGGAGAGGAGCAUCCGCCUGCUGAUUCUGAAAACAAGGAGAACGAGGUUGAAGAAGUGAAGGAGGAAGGCCCCAAGGAGAUGACCCUGGAUGAGUGGAAAGCCAUUCAGAGCAAGGAUCGUGCAAAAGUCGAGUUCAACAUCCGCAAACCAAACGAGGGAGCUGAUGGGCAAUGGAAAAAAGGAUUUGUGCUCCACAAGUCAAAGAGCGAGGAGACAAAGGCGAUGACAGAAAUGCAGGGGAGUCUGCUGGAUUCACAUGAGGCUCAUGCUGAGGACUCGGUCAUGGAUCACCACUUCCGCAAGCCGGCCAACGACAUCACAUCCCAGCUGGAGAUCAACUUUGGAGACCUGGGCCGCCCCGGGCGCGGCGGCAGAGGGGGCAGGGGCGGCCGGGGCCGCGGGGGCAGGGCCAGCCGUGGGGGCAGGACCGACAAGUUGGUCAAGGAGUUUGAUGUGAUCCACACGCCCAACCAGUCAAGUGCUUCUGCUCCUGACGUAGAUGACCCAGAGGCUUUCCCAGCUCUGUCCUAAACUGGAUGUCAUAAAGCCAACCCUGCCCUCGUCGGGCCUUCCUCUCCGAGGCUUGCAUGCUUAAGGAUCCUAAAACAACUAAGAAAUUGAAAAAAACAAAACAAAAAAAAAAAAAAAAAAGAGACUGUCAUUCAUACCAUUCACACCUAAAGACUGAAUUUUAUCUGUUUUGAAAAUGAACUUCUCUCGCUACACAGAAGCAACAAAAUAUGGUAGUCAAGUUUUGUAUUUAGAAAUGUAAUGGUAGCAGGGAUGUUUUCAUAAUUUUUUCAGAGAUUAUGCAUUCUUCAUGGAUACUUUUUUGUAUUGCUGCUUGAAAAUAUGCGUUUCCAAACUUGAAAUAUAGGUGUGAACAGUGUGUACCAGUUAAAA